AUGAAAGCUAUGCAUGUCCUCUGGAUGGACGCUUUGAGCUUGCUCCUCCUCACUCUCUUUGUUGUCCCUAUCAGCGCCCAUUCCUGGGUAGAGCAGCUCACAGUAAUCGCGCCAAAUGGGACUUUCGUUGGCUCCCCAGGUUUUCCGCGAGGAAAUGUCCUUCGCAGUGACCCUGCCUUCAACGACAACACCAUGACCUAUCUGACACCGCCGAACGGCCGAGCAAACCUAAGCCAGAUCCUGCCAAGCGACAAACUGUGCAAGGACACGCAGCGGAAGCAAGUCCAAACCGAAGGUAGCCCAAGACUUCAGGCAAGUCCUGGUGCUGCCAUUGCUCUUCGUUUCCAGGAGAAUGGCCAUGUGACGCUACCUCAGAACCAGCUGGGCAAACCCCCGAACUGCGGGACAGUCUAUGUGUACGGGACAACAGAGCCCAAGGAAGAUGAAAAGCUCCUUGAUGUUCACAAAGUCUGGAACAAGGAAGGGACUGGAGGUGACAAGCGCGGCGUUCUGCUGUCGGAGCAGAAUUUUGACGAUGGCCGUUGCUACCAGAUCAACAGCGGUCAAAUCUCGCAGCACCGCCAGUCCACGUACCCGCAUGAGGCAAAUCAACUCAUGGGAGCUGAUCUCUGGUGUCAGCAGGACACCGCACUACCUUCCAAAGUGCCGAUCGGCAAACUGUACACCCUGUACUGGGUUUGGGACUGGCCUACGGCGCCGGGGGUGGAUCCGGGCUUGCCAAACGGGAAACAGGAAAUCUAUACAACCUGCAUGGACGUGGAUAUGGUUGACCGUCCUUUGAGCCAUGUUCGUGUUCCAGCCAGCUAUGUUGACGAUCAAUCCCUGAACAAUGCUGCCAUCCCGUCUCAGUUUGAAGAGAUCUUUGGACAAGGAAGUUCUCCGAGCUCGUCACUCAUCAAUGACACCAAGUCCUGUUCCAACAGAGCUUCCGACGGUGACGGUGACCUCUUUCAUAACCGCGGUGACGACAGUAUAUCCGAGCCCGGUGGCCUCCGAAUCUAUUCCAGAAUUCGCGCUGACUCCCUACACCCCAGAAGUUUCCACGUCGAGCCAAUCCACCACAAGUUCUUCUACCACAAGCUCUUCUACCACAAGCUCUUCUACCACAAGCUCUUCUACCACAAGUCCUUCUACCACAAGCUCCUUCAUCACCGCGGUAAGGACUGUAUAUCAGACUCCGGUGGUAUCCGAGUCCCCUCCAGGAUCCAUUCCAACUUCGUCCCCUCCAGAGGUUUCCACAUCGAGCCAAUCCACCACAAGUUCUUCUAUCGCAAGCCCCUCAACCUCAAGCUCUUCCACUCGAAGCUCCUUCACACCGAGAUUCGCCAGGCCAGCUCGAAGGUGGUAGGAUCAUGA